AUGAGCGCCAGCCGCCGACCAUCGCUCCCAGAGAGCGCGAUGCCGAACAUGUCCCCGUCGCUUUCCGCAGCCCACAAUAACUCGACUGGCCGACAGUAUCUAGCCUUUGGCAAUGGCCCCCAGAACUCUGUCAGCGACAAUGGAGUUCAGCUCAAUUACCUCGGUCAUCAUACUACUGUCAACAUGCCACCAGAUGUGUGGAUCUUGGUUCAGGAGCUGAUUAACUCUCGGAAAAGUGACAAGGAACCAUAUCAUGCAAUCGUGGCCAAGUGGCUCACACAGCAGUCGGGUCAGCCUUCUAUAGCCCCUCGCGAUCGCCAACUCGAUCUCCUCGGCCAGGUCACUCCAGGAACGGGCAGAUGGAUUUUAUCCACGAGCGAGUUUCAAAGGUGGAAGGAUUCUUCAAGCCCCGAUCGCUUUCUCUUCAUGCCUGGGACACUUGGGUCAGGAAAGAGCAUGUUGAUCUCCAUUAUCAUCGACUCCCUCGACAAUCAAUGUCGCCAAACACUGGACACUAUCUGUAUUUAUUUGUUCUUCCACGAAAAGGAUGCAACGGCUCCGCUGGCAAGUAACAUCUGGGCAAGCCUGCUACUGCAGCUGUUGCAAAAGCAAGCACCCGGAGGUAUCGCUAACGACUUGAAAUCCGAAUUCAAUGACUGUCUCCAAAGAUCCCAUCCUCUUCCUCCCUCAAGGUAUUACUGGCUCUUCAAGGCUCAGGCAAGCAUCUUCAAGACAGUCUACUUGGUGAUCGAUGGGCUAGAUAACUGUCCCAACUCGUCAUGCGAACCGACACAGCGAUUGGUGUUGGAUGCAAUCAAGGACCUUUCGAGCAAUGUCAGAACACUGGUUAGCUCAAGGACAGAUCUUGACAUUCGUCGCCUGAAACCCAGCCAGACACUGGUUGUCACACCCCAAAAGCUGGAUAUAAUUGGCUACGUCAAAGCUCGCAUCGAAAGUGACCGGAACCUUCACUGCGUGCUGAAAGAGCACCAGAAGAUUGAUUGGGUGACACAAUCAAUCACCAAUGUGACGUCGGCGAGUGGAAUGUUUCUUCUUGCCAGACUACACCUGGACACGCUGAGCAAAUACGGCACCAUGGAACACAUCGAAAAAGCCCUCUCUCGACUCCCAGAAAAUCUGGACAACGCUUUCGAAGGGGCGAUGCAACAGAUCUUGAAGAAAAUCGACUUCGAGAGAGAGCUAGCCAGCCAUGUCAUUACUUGGAUUGUGCAUGCUAAGGUUGAUUUGACCAUCGGACAAAUCCAAGACAGCUUUGCCUUUCGCGAAAACAAAACAGACUCCUGGAAGGCCAGCCGACCACCAAGAGACUUGUUGGUGCCGGUUUGCGCUGGCCUGGUGGUCGAAGACCAGGAAAAAGGCACCCUGCGGCUUGUCCAUGAAGACGUGAAGCGCCAUCUCGUGGAUGGUAUCAUUUGCAAGUCUGCCGACCGUGAAAUAGCCAAAACCUGUCUCUUAUGCUUGCGAGCGGACGACCCUGACGGCGGGUUUGUGACCCCGUUGUUGGACUACGCCUCAAAUCACUGGGCACAUCAUUGUCCCGAUAGUCAAGACAUGGAUUCGGAGAUGGAAAUUCAAAUCAUGAAGUUCUUAUUCAGCAAAAACAAGUUAACGAGGGCUUUUCGGAAGAUACCGGACGAACCUGACCGGGCUGUCGACGGCAUGACUGGCCUACAUGCUGCCGUGUUUUAUAACAUGAGAGCCCAUGUCAAGAUGCUGAUUAAAGCUGGUGCCGAUAUCAAUGCUCAGUGUUCUGAUAAUCAGACUGCUCUACAUUGGGCCGCCACACUCGGUCGUCACCAGCUUGUCAAGGACCUUGUUCGCAGGAAGGCGGAUCCCAACAUUCCUGAUGCUUCUGGAAACACUCCACUUCACAAAUGCUUGUCAGGGUCGACGUCGAGCAACCCUAAAAUCAUACAAACCUUGGUUCAGGGCGGAGCGAAGCUGGACAUCAAGAACUCCAAGGGCCUUACUCCUCUAUCACUGGUGAUUCGGUAUGGGCCUACAUCGCUGGCUGAACUACUUAUCACGAGCCAAGACGAUGUGAAUGCUGAGGUCAUCCAGGAAGGAUGGACCUCGCUGAGAGAGUUGUUCAACCAUGGCCAUGAGAUGGCUGACGAAUUCAAAAAGAGCCCCAGAAGCAAUAGCAACUCCUCUAAACGUGGAUGGAGCCCCUUGAAACGCGCCAUCGAUAGCCAUGUUCACAUCUUGAUGCAGCUUUUGUUCGACAGAGGUGUAGACCUCAACCGCCCCACCUCAGACAACUGGCUGCCUUUGAUACAUGCUGUCAAGCAUGGAAAGUCCAAGACGCUUCAACGGCUUAUGGACAGGAAGCCCAACCCAGCCAACAUCAAUCUCAAGGACCCUGAUAGCGGAAUGUCUCCACUCUGUUUGGCCUUGUUUUACAAUAACGGCCCCAUAGCUCGGCAGCUGAUAGAGGCUGGAUCCGAUCUCACAGGGAAGAAUGGCGACAACCACACACCCCUUAUUCAAGCAGUGAAGAACAGUGACCGGGAUAUUGUCUGGCUCUUGCUAAAGAACAGAGCCCAGCCCAACAUUGUUGACAGCGAGGAUUGGUCUGCUCUUCACUACGCCAUUAAGGGCAAGAACAAGGAUAUUGCCUGGCUGCUGAUGACAAAGAUGACAACGCAAGCAAACGGGAGGCUUCAAGCUAAGAAUGGGUUGCCAUUGCUAGAUCUCGCCCUCUCUGCAAAUGACCUGUCGGUCGCUUGGCUAUUGUGCCAGCAUGGGGCUGACAUCCAUGCAACUGACGGGUUGGGGAUGACGGCUCUUCACAAGGCCUGCCGUGAAGGCAACUUUCCCCAUGUGCGAUUCCUCCUGGAUAUGGGAUCAAAGAUCGACCUCAAAGAUGCGACAAACUCUACGGCGCUACACCACUCCGUGCUACGUGAACUGGAGGACGUGGUUGACCUCCUAGCAUCUAGAGCAUCACACGCUGGAGGUCUCGAUGAGCAAGACAGCAAGAACAACACAGCUCUCGUGCUGGCCACCAUACUUCAGAACCGGGGAAUGGUGGAGUCCCUUCUCCGCUAUGGUGCUUCAUGCGAUGUGCAGGAUCAAAAAGGGUGGACGGCGCUGCAUCGUGCCGCCAGCCUUGGCUUUAACGAUGGACUGAGCCUCAUGGUGGCGAAAACCGGCAACAUCAACCUGGCGGACAACAAGGAAUAUACUGCUCUUCAUCAUGCCGUGAAUGGCAAGGAUGCCAAUGCUGAGACCGUGGAUAUUCUGUGUGCUGCGGGGGCUGACUUGCGUCGACCACAAGGAGACGGGUAUUCGCCAUGGGCACUGGCGCUGUCUCUGAAGAAAGACGACAUCGCCAACAGACUAGCGUUCUACGCAAAAAAAGCGCAUAGAAUGAUGAUGGAAAACAAUUGA